CACGUAUACUUCACAUACCCCUCCUUUAGGAGAAUCCCCUUAGCUCUCCUGGCUUCCCUUCUCUCUCUCUAUCUCCUCUGGUCAUGUUUCCAGUCACGCAGCGCCAGUACAGUUGGGUCAACAAGACAGAGCAGGCUCCUAACACUAGCAUUGGAAUAUCCAACAAUGAACGGAUUAACAGAUUUGGACAAUCAUCACAGACCAGAAACAAUGAAGACAGAUACUACAGUGGCUGCCAAGGUAAUAUCCAAUUGUGUAUGGUCCUUGAUGGCCAUCAAGGUGAAUCAGCUGCCGAGUUCACUGUGCUUAGUUUAGCCGGUAAGAUACUCUCAGAGUCUAGAAUAGAAGACCCUAAGUUGCUCCUGGAGAGGGUUUUCAGAGAAACCGAAGACUCUUUCUUUGUUGGUAUGGACGAUCCGAUUGGACGGAGAUUAGCAUUGAAAGCAGAAUUAAAUCAAAGACCAGCUGGUGGUUCAUUUGAACGUCAUCGUGACUUACAACAGGAUGAACUGCGGAGGCUGGACUCACAGAUUGAGGGAGGGACCACUGUAGUACUGUCAUUGAUAACCACGAACAAUCAGUUGUAUACAGCUAAUAUUGGCGAUUCAAGAGCUGUUUUAUGUGAAGAGGAUAAAAACGGUCGCAUCAUUGCCUCCCAACUCUCCGAUGAUCAUAACGUAUUCAACCCGGAGGAACAAGAUAGACUCAAGAAACUAGGACUUGAUAUAGGACAGCUGCUACAGCUACGAAGAUUAGGACCUUUUCAAAUUACCAGAUCAAUUGGAGAUUACCUAAUCAAAGGUGGCUACACUGAAGUGGAUGUGUUGAGGUCUGCUUCACAAGGGCCAGGUAUAGCCACUCCUUUUGUUAACGGCCCUUGGGAUAUUUCUAAUCUUCAAAAUAAAACGUUUCUAAUACUAAUGUCCGACGGGCUCUACGAAGCAUAUGGGUCUUGCAUCAACACGAGAAACCCUCCAGAGCUUCACUCUUCGCUGGCGAGACUCGUGAUGGAUGAAAUGAGGCUACAUAAUAGACUGGAUCGUGUGGGACAGGCCGUCGUGAAUAGAGUGAAGGAACAGUACAGGGAGAUAUGUAGGAGGGACAGGAAGGAUGGUAAACUUGAUGAUAUGACAUUAAUAAUUCAAAACUUUACCUACCCCAUGGGUUCAGCUCCUGUCCCCGAACAAAUUGACUCACCCCUGCUCCAGUAUCACAGUCCGUCGCCUUUUUAUAGUCAUAGGACUCCUCAUGUUGAGUCUUCACCAGGUGGAGUUUUUGUUGAAGAGAAUAUCAGCCCAUUUCCCUCUACUGGACGUCAACAACCGCCUAUACAUUAUCAGCAGUUUGGUGGGCACGCUGGUCAAAUGGCUACUGGUAGAUCAACUGGUUCAAUGGCUACUGGUGGGUACACUGGUUCGAUGGCUACUGGUCAAUCAACUGGUUCAAUGGCUACUGGUCAAUCAACUGGUUCAAUGGCUACUGGUCAAUCAACUGGUUCAAUGGCUACUGGUGGGUACACUGGUUCAAUGGCUACUGGUCAAUCAACUGGUUCAAUGGCUACUGGUAGAUCGACUGGUUCAAUGGCUCAGCCAGGCAGUGAUAAUGUACAAUUGGUAGCUCAACAAAUGUCUGGUUUGAAUAUUAAGCCAAAGGAACUCUUUCCUCCUGAGGGCGGGCAGUCAGCAGCUGCUAGUGUUAAUAGGCCCAGAGAGCUCACGAAAGAAGAGGAGGAGUCUGGGAAAUUUAUAAAACCCUAUAUUGUGUUUCCAAAUGAUUUUCCAUUUGAUCUGACACUUGAUAGCAUUCGAGAUUAGUUUUUGUAUUAAUUAUAAUUUUAAUAAUAAUAAGAAUGAUA